GUUUCGUUGUCACUGCUUCCUGGCAUUGGCGGUGAAUCGCCUUCAUCACAGGAACCACUGCUAAACCCUCUAAGUCGGAAGAGAGAGAGGGAGAGAGGGAGAGAGAGAGAGAGAGAGAGAGAGAGAGAGAAUGUUUCAGGGCAGAGUGGUGGCUUCAUUUGUGCGGCGGAAGGAAGGCUUCAGCCGUGUCUAUAAUACUCUUAUUCAAUCGAAUUCUUCCACUGUUCUUCGCCACGAACCAGUCAGAUCGUUCUCUUCCCAAACUGCAAAGAAAUGCCUAUUUGGCGUCUAUGGAUACCGAUCCUUCUCCAAGGUUCAUCAGGUGCCAUCAUUGAGGAAUAUGUCUACGGUGGCUUCUGUUGCCUCGAGUAAGGAGGGUCUGAAGUUGCUUGUAACUGCUGGUCCUCGUGCUCAGAAAAUGGUCGGGAUAUGGCUUUUUGGCUCUGCUGCAUGGGUUUUCAGUAUGGUGGUUCUUGGUGGUGUUACACGUCUGACACGAUCUGGACUUUCCAUGACUGAUUGGAAGUUCACUGGGCAACUCCCCCCUCUAUCAGAUGAAGAAUGGCUGCAGGAGUUUGAAAAGUAUAAGCAGUCCCCUGAAUACAAACGUGUUAACAAAGGCAUGAGUAUUGAAGAUUUCAAAUUUAUAUAUUGGAUGGAAUAUGCACAUCGAAUGUGGGGAAGGGCAUUGGGUAUUAUGUUUGCUUUGCCCUUUUCAUAUUUUCUUCGUAAGGGUUAUAUAUCCUUACGUCUUGGACUGAGAUUGUCGACACUUUUUGCCCUUGGUGCUGGGCAGGGACUAAUUGGCUGGUGGAUGGUAAAGAGUGGUUUAGAGGAGCCAGCAUCUGAGUAUACUCAGCCAAGAGUAAGCCCUUAUCGCCUUGCAGCUCAUCUUACGUCAGCCUUCAUUAUCUAUUGUGGUCUUUUCUGGACUGGUCUCUCUGUUGUCAUGCCUGAACCACCUGUUGAGUCUGUGGCUUGGGCUCGUGGUGCAUUAAAAGUUAGAAGAUUUGCUCUUCCUGUGAGCUUACUUGUUGGUAUUACUGCCAUUUCAGGAGCAUUUGUCGCUGGAAAUGAUGCAGGGCAUGCAUACAACACUUUUCCAAAGAUGGGUGAUACGUGGGUACCUGAUGAUAUUUUUGACAUGAAACCACUAAUUCGGAAUUUCUUUGAGAAUACAUCCACAGUGCAGCUUAACCACCGUUUACUCGCUACUGCAACCUUAGUUUCAAUUGCUACCUUAUGGCGGUCAACAAGGAAGCUGGAGAUACAUCCUGCAGUUCGUUCUUUGAUUGGGAGUACAUUCGGCAUGGCUGCUCUUCAGGUCACCUUAGGAGUAUCGACACUUCUAUCUUAUGUCCCGGUUUCUCUCGGAACUGCGCAUCAAGCGGGGGCAUUGACCCUUUUGACCCUCAUAAUUCUUCUUAAUCACACUGUGAGGAGGCCAUCAAUGUCCCUUUUGAAGUCUCUUCCCCAGGUUGUGAAAACAGCCUAGACUAGA